UUUCAGUGCCCUAUGACAAUUUCUGAACUUGGAAGGAUAAACUCCCUGAAUGUUAGGGAGAGAGUUUCUGUGAAAGGAGAGGUCACAAAAGUUUCUGAUGUAAUGCAUAGCAACAGUACGAAGAGACGAACUGUGACUUUAUCAGACGGCAAUGCUGCCAUUGAAGUGAAGUUAUGGGGGGAGUUGGUAGAUUCCAUAGCGGCUGUUGGUUCGACAGUUGUAGUCACAUGUGUACAUGUCGACAUAUACCAAGAGAAACGUUCAUUGAACUCUUCUGGGAGUACUGAAGUCAAGAUUGUGGACACAGAGGAAGAUUUUUCGGGGACUGUCAAUGGAGUGUCCUUUGAUGAAUCUAACCUAUCCAUUCCUGUGGAUGAGGACUUUAUGUCCUGUAGUUCAGAGCAGUAAAAGGAACUGUUUCCAGAAUCAACAUUUGUGGAGAAUGUGAAAGUCAGGGGGACAAGAAGAAGAUCGAUAAUAAUGUCUAUGUAAGACAUGUUGUUAUUUUCUUAAGUUAUAAAAUAUUAUUUGGAAGAAAAAAGUUUUUAAAAGUUAUUGAAAUAUGAUAUUGAUUAUAAGGAUUAAAAUUAGGAUAAAUUUAUGGUAAAUAAAAAUUUGUUCACGAUGGAGUAUUUGAGCGUAGUUUGAUAUUUUGAUAUUGUUGUUAAUAGUUAUUUUUGAGGUUUGAUGAUUUUAUGGAUAUAGUAUUUAGUUUUCUGAAACAAUGAACCGGAAAAGUUUUCUUAUAUAUUAAUAGCUGUUUUUCACAUUUGGCAGUGAUAAUCCAAUUAAAGCACAAUAAUGAAUUCCUUUAGCUGACCUUAACUAAUCCUUUUCUGCAUAUGGAAAACACAUACCGGUACAUGAAACCAUCUAAUCAAAGAGCUUUGUAAAACUAGUACCCGCUAAUGAGACCUGCAGACCUGUGUUGUGUACGUAACUUCAGACAAAGAUCAGUUAUUUGUAACAUGCAUUUUUAUGACCUAAUCUUCAAAACCCCUUGCACUAUUUUAUUAGGUAAAUAACAGCUUUAAGGUGGUGCAGGACACCUGCAUAUUGUGAUGUAUACUUCCUUAAUUGAGAUAAACAAUAAAGUAUAGAUAUCAAUUAAAUAUUUACCCCCAAAAUAAUGUUACCUAACAUUGAAGCGCAAUGGGUUAGAGCGUUUACAUGUCUGUAAGAGCAUUGAGGUUCAAGGUGUAUUUUUGAUAAUUUUACUAUUGAU